ACACACCACAUCAUAUACUCUUACUCUCAAAGAUUCAACAUGGCAAAUCAACAAGAGAAACCUUCCUCCAAUUCUUUCAAAUGGUUUUCCACUAAAACCUUAAAGUUAAACCUUAGUUUCCAAAACCGACGAGGAUCACCAAAAUCCAACUCUUCCUCAACCUUAAACUCCCCAAGAAGCAACACCGAUGACAACAACAACACAAAGAGUACUCACCACUCCUCGGACAAAGAGCUCCGUCGAGUCUUCAGCCAUUUCGACAGCAACGGUGACGGUAAGAUCUCAGCCUAUGAGCUAAGAGACUUCUUCGGAUCCGUUGGUGAGUAUAUAACUCACGAGGCAGCUCAAGAGGCGAUAAACGAAGUCGACACCGACGCAGACGGGUCUCUAGGGUUCGAAGAUUUCGUUGGGUUGAUGACAAGAAGAGAUCUUGACGGUGACGGUAGUGGAGAGUUGAAGACAGCAUUUGAGAUGUUCGAGGUGGAGAAAGGAUCAGGAUGCAUAACUCCAAAGGGUUUGCAAAAGAUGCUUGUGAAGUUGGGGGAAUCAAGAACGUACGGUGAGUGUGAAGCCAUGAUAAAGUUUUACGAUAUUGAUGGUAAUGGAGUUCUUGACUUUCAUGAGUUUCGUCAAAUGAUGACGGUUUAGUUAUGUUUCAUUUCUAUUAUUAUUUAUAAUUACCCUACUACAUGCCGAAGUGAAACUAUUUGUGUGAGUUUUGAAUAUAGGGAUUAUGCUUGAACUUUGAAGUGAAACUAUUGAAAUUGUGGUGAAAUUUAGUUGUAAUGGAAUGAUUUUAUGAAUGGUGAAUAUUUAAAGCUUGAUUCAUCUCAA